UAAAAGUCGUUGCUCAACGUUUUCUUCCUGUGUGAUAUAAAGUGAAAUAUAUUUAAUAAACGUGAUAAAAAGGCGCAAAACGACUGUGUAAAUUAUUUUAAAUCAAAUACGAACUCGUAUUGUGUUAGUGAAGUUAUUUAAUCACACACAAAAAUGUCUCAAGAUAUAUCAGGAUGGAAGAAACCCGACGAGGUUAUGCGCCUUCACAGGAUCAAAUUAAAGAAGAAAGCUUUACAGGCACGUAUGAACACUAAAACACAAAUAGAUACUAAAUUAGAUAUUUGCGAACCGCAAUUUGUUCGUGAAAAACGUAAAAAUCCGUUUUCGAAAGAAAAUGCACAAGUUGACAAAAGAUGCAAAACUGUUGAGUCCACAGUUCUUGCAGAUUCUUGCUCCGAUUCAGCAUUGUUUAAUUUAAUUAACAGUGAAAGUGCACAAAAACCUUGUAUCAGGGUCCAGGAAACUGCUGCAGAAAUCACACCGACUAUAGCUGAAAAUUAUUUACAAGUAGUUGUUAACCAAGAUGUACCCGUCACAAAAAUUGAGGGUAAACCCAAACCACCAAUCGAUUGGACGUUAAAAUCGAAGUUAAGGAUUUUAAGUCCAACCGUAUUACCUAGUCAUCCAAAAACAAGUCAAGAAGCUAGCGGUGUGACCAGUUUCGUACGUUGUUUACAUACUUCUGAAGAUUUACCUGCAAAUCAAGGUGGUGGCUUGGAUACUUCCUUAGGAGCACGCAUACAACAGUCGUGCUUGUAUUGGAUACACCCGACUAUACCAGGAGAGAAACUAUUUCCAAGAAAACUCCGAAAUUCCUCAGUCGUCGCAGGUUUACCUUUACAAGCUAUGCUCACCGAGUGGUCGGACAGCUUUAGAUCCUUAUUUCAACUACUACGUGCCAAACAAUGUCCAUUUUUUUACCUGUGUGCAAACUCUUUUACAGCCUUAUUUCGUGCAGGAGGCAUCGGCGGUCAAGUAGAACCCCAUGCAUUAAUCACACCAACAAGCCAAGGCUUGCGCCAGACUUUAAAACAAGAAGAUAUCGAAUUCAAGAUGCCUUUAAGGAAAAAUGAUAAUUACUUUAAUGACUCAGGAGACUCCGGUUUGUCUCUUUCGACCAAAGAGAACAGCAGCAGUAACAUAGAAUCAUGUGCUGACGACGAUGAUGACGAUGAUGAGAUUACACAGGAACAAUGGUUGGAAAGUUUAGGCGUAGAUGACAUAGAAAUUAAAAAAAUAAAUUACUCACAAGCUCGCAAGGAUCAUGCUACAGAAUGCAAAACAGAUUUCAGUGAUAUAUCGCUGAUACUAAUACAAGGCCCUGACUUACAAGCUUUAUACAACUUUUUAUUAAACUCCAAAAGUACAGUCGGUGGUGUCGGUGUUAUACCUCCAACUCUAUUAGCACCGACAGCCUUUGUGGGGGCCACUUUAAAAACCCUACAAACGAGAUUCAGCAGAGUUAAACACGAUGGUGUGGAUCACCACAGUAUUGAGUUACGGGGACCGAUUUUACCAAAUAUUAUAUCUAGUCUAUGCAACGAUUUGAAUAGUUCAAGAGAUUCGUUUUCUAUUAACAUGGGUUUAGUAGCGGAUACAAGGGCUUUGACAAAGGCUGCUAAAGUUAUAAAUGUAGAUACACAAGAGGGUAGUUCUGUUUUUGGGAAAGAAAACUUGUCGAGUUGUGGGCUGUCCAGGGAUUUCUUGGAUCAGAUUUGUUCGUCAGAUAAGGACACUAUUUUAAGUACUGAACAGUUGAAUUAUCAAAAAGAUAUAGGAUAUACAUGGACUUAGUAAUAAAAAAUUUAUUCUUUUUUAUUGUAAUGAUUUUAGUACAAAUUUUAGUUUAUAAUAUUUAUUGUUGGUGAUAAAGUUUUUAGAUAUUUAUGUUUAUUUAAAUUAAUGAACU